GUGGCCAUAGGUGCUGGGUCACCCUAAGUGACCACGGGUGGUGGGCGACUGGGUGCGUUGGGUGCGCAGAGGUGGCUGAGUGUGUUGGGUAAACUCAGUUGACCAUGGGUGAUGGGUGACCAUGGGUGCUCACUGACCGUGGAUGAUGGGUGGCCAUGGGAGGUGGCUGGGUGUGAUGGGUCACCUCAGUUGACCAUAGGUGGUGGGUUACCAUGAGUGAUCGCUGACCAUGGAUGAUAGAUGACCAUGGGUGCCCAGAGGUGGCUAGGUAUGAUGGGUCACCACAGUUGACCAUAGGUUAUACGUGGCAGGUGACUACAGGUGAUGGGUGGCCAUGGAUGAUAGACGACCAUGGGUGACCAGAGGUGGCCGGGUGUGAUGGGUCGCCACAGUUGACCACAGGUGGUGGGUCACCAUGGGUGAUGGGUGACCAUGGCUGGGUGUGAUGGGUCACCACGGCUGACCGUGGGUGAUGGGUGACCAUGGGUGAUGGGUGACCACGGGUGAUGGGUGACCAGAGGUGACCCUGUCUGGAUGUGACAGGUCACCACGUCUGACCACAGGUGACCGGAGGUGACAGGAGGUGACCACAGGUGACCGUCGACCACCCCCCGCCAUGACGGCGCCGCCGCGCCGCGUCCGCCUGAAGCCGUGGCUGUUGGCGCAGGUGGAGAGCCAGCGCUACCCGGGGCUGCAGUGGGUGGACAAGCGGCAGCGCCUCUUCUGCAUCCCCUGGCACCACGCCACGCGCCACCUCCCGCCGCAGGAGGACGACGGCACCAUCUUCAAGGCGUGGGCCAUGGAGACGGGGAAGUUCACGGAGGGGGUGGACGAGCCUGACCCCGCCAAGUGGAAGGCCAACCUGCGCUGCGCCCUCAACAAGAGCCGCGAGUUCCGCCUGCGCUACGACGGCACCAAGGACGCACCCCCCAAGCCCUACAAGGUGUAUGAGGUGUGCGAGGCCGACAGUGCAGAAGCGGUGGCCGGGGACGACUUCAGCUGCAGCGGGGAGGAGGAUGCGAGCCAGCUGCAGAAGCUGAUGUCCCUGAGCAUCGAUGGUGAGCCGGCCGCAGGGGGCGCCCCGUGGGGGGGUGGUGAGGUGGGGGCGUCCUCGGCCGCCCCCCAACCCCGCUGCCCCCCAGACGCCACCGUCCACGCCGGGGACCUGCUGCCCCCCUACUCCUGGCCCAAGGAGGAGCCCCCCUUUGGCAGCACCUGCCCUGUGGGGCCCUUCCUGCCCGGGGGGGCGGUGGCGGCCCCCGAGCUGCCCCCCGGCGCCGCCAGCACCGCACCCCCCCCGGCCGCCCUGGCGCCCAUGGAGCACGGGGUUCCCAACCUGCUCAUCAGCCCCCACUUGCUGCCACUGACCGACCUGGAGCUCAAGUUCCAGUACCGGGGCCGCCAGGUCUGCGUCCUCACCAUCAGCAACCCCCACGGCUGCCGCCUCUUCCACAGCAGCCUGGAGCCCACGCAGGAGCAGGUGGAGCUCUUCGGGCCGCUGACGCUGGAGCAGGUCCGCUUCCCCGCCGCCGACGGCAUCCCCAACGAGAAGCAGCGCUUCUACACCCACCAGCUGCUGGACGUGCUCGACCGCGGGCUCAUCCUGGAGCUGCAGGGCCAGGACAUCUACGCCAUCCGCCUCUGCCAGUGCAAGGUCUUCUGGAGCGGGCCCUGCGCCGCCCACUGCGCCGGCCCCAACCCCAUCGAGAGGGAGAAGAAGACCAAGCUCUUCAGCCUCGAGGGGUUUCUCAACGGCCUGAUCCUGUUCCAGAAGGGGCAGACCACCACGCCGCCCCCCUUCGAGAUCUUCUUCUGCUUCGGUGAGGAGUGGCCGGACCAGAAGCCCAAGGAGAAGAAGCUGAUCACGGUGCAGGUGGUGCCGGUGGCGGCGCGGCUGCUGCUGGAGAUGUUCUCGGGGGAGCUGUCGUGGUCGGCCGACAGCAUCCCGCUGCAGAUCUCCCACCCCGACCUGAAGGACAGGAUGGUGGAGCAGUUCAAGGAGCUCUACCAGCUCUGGCAGAGCCAGCAGCGCCUGCCGCAGCCCCCGGCACGCACCGAGCCCGGCCCCUGGGCGCUGCCGCCCGGGUCCCUGCCCCAGUGAGGGGACAUGGGGACAGCCCCGCGCUGGCACCAUGGUGCCUGAUGUCACCGCCAGGCUGGUGGAGACGGGGACAUCCAGCACCACAGGACCACGAUGGGGCAGGGACGGGGCUGUGCUUGCCCGCCGGGGAGCUGUCACCAGGCUGCAGCAGAGACACGGGACCAAGAGUGUGGUGCCGCAGCUCCCCGGGCAGGUUUGGGGAGAAACGGUGAGAAAAUGGGGCCAGGAUGAGGACACCCAGAACCAGCAGGGCCAGCGGGGCA